AUGCUUGAGGGAAAAUUUGACGAAGCUAGCCUUCUUAAGAAAAUCGUCGACUCUAUCAAAGAUUGUGUGAAGCUAUGCAAUUUCAACUGCACGGAACAUGGAAUGACUGUUCAAGCAGUUGAUGAUUCGAGGGUUUUGCUUGUCUCCCUUUUGGUUGGCCUGUCGGCUUUCUCAGAGUACAGAUGUGACCGUGACAUCACUUUGGGUAUUGAUUUGGAUUCAUUCUCCAAAAUCAUAAAAUGUGGCAACAACGAAGACUACUUGACGUUGUUGGCGGAGGACUCUCCAGAUAACGUCAUGACUAUCUUUGAGGACAAGAAGAAAGAGCGUGUGUCGGAGUAUUCCUUGAAGUUAAUGGACAUUGACUCGGAGUUCUUAAGAAUUGACGACAUGCAAUACGACUCUGUCAUCAACAUGCCGAGCGGAGAGUUCGCAAAGCUUGUCAGAGAUUUGAAAAACCUUUCUGAGUCUCUUAACAUUACGGUGACUAAAGACUCCGUGAAAUUCAGCGCUGAAGGUGAGUCCGGUACUGGCUCUGUUGUGUUGAAACCCUACACUGAUAUGGACCGCCCCGAGGAAUCCGUCUCUGUCAACUUGGAGAAUCCAGUCGACUUGACUUUUGGAUUGAAAUACUUAAAUGAUAUCAUCAAGGCCACUGCUCUUUCUGGAACUAUCACCAUCAAAUUGGCCGACAAAACACCCGCCCUUUUUGAGUACAAGUUGGACGCUGGUGGUUACUUAAGGUUUUACUUGGCUCCCAAGUUCGAUGAGGAUGAUUAA